UAUGAUUCACACAAUAAAUUAGGAUGUAGAAUGUUCCACUCACUGUUAGGAGAAAGAUUAAAGGAGGUGGCUUUAAAAUUCCGCGCAUUCAUAGCCUUCAUUGAUAUCACCCCAAAAUCCAAAACCCACAAUUGCUGCACCAAAAUUCCAUUACAAAACCCACCCACCCAUUUUUAGUAUCUGAUUUUCGAAUCAUCUAUAUAUAAUUUUAUCCAAAGAAUCCAAAUUUUUUUUUAUACUGGAUUUCCGAUUCCUGGGUGCCCCUGUCUUUAUCCGCCCACCAAGAUCAAUCUCUAUCCUUCUCUCCAUUCCACCUAAAGGUGAGGAAUGCAACCUUAAGUUAUAUCAAAACCACAAAGCCGUCCAGCUUUGUUAGUCAGAAGAGGGAGGGUGCUGGUCCGCGGAGGUAGUCGGACUUCUGCGAGCUUUGUGUCCUCUCUCGUUCUUAUCAAAGCACACUUGUGCUCCCAGAGGUUUUCUUAGUGCAAGUGGAGCUUGAAUUUUUCGGCAUAUGAGAGUGUAGAGUUGUUGGGGAGGUGUAUUUCGACACUGGCAUUAUGGGCGCUGUCUGUUGUUGUUUGAAUGCUGAUGAUUUUGAAGAUUAUGUGAAUCCAAACAGUUCUGCAUUGAGGAACUGUCCGUGUCUUGGUUGCUUUUUUCAAAACUUUGUAAAUGUGUAUUCAUCACUGUUCAGAAGAGGGGAACUACAGUCGCUCCCCUCAUCCAUUCAGGGGGCUGCAUCGAUGACUUCUGCAGCCUCACUUGAUAGCUCUUUAUCUGACAUGUAUCGCUCUCCUCCAAGGCCCUUGCCUUAUGAUGCUGACCCCAGAUACAUCCGUUUGCAGCGGGAUGGAUUGGUUUCUAGGCGUGAGAAAGGCACUAGUCAUUCUCAUGAGGAGACUGAACCUCUAAGAAGUGAUACUGAUGCAGAUUCAGAAUGUUUGAGUACAGGAGACAAAUGGAAUGGAUCUACUUGUGAAGAUGGAUCAAAAGAACAUCAUUCCAGGUCCUCGAUGAAGUUGUCAUCUGCAAAAGCAACAACCGGAUUUGGGAUCAUUUAUACAUCUUCAGAAGAAGAGGAUGUAUGCCCAACAUGUCUUGAAGAAUAUACUCCAGAAAACCCCAAAAUAAUGACAAAAUGCUCUCAUCAUUAUCAUCUCGCUUGUAUAUAUGAGUGGAUGGAGAGAAGUGAAAGUUGUCCUGUUUGUGGCAAGGUCAUGGCAUUCGAUGAAACGACUUAAUCUUGAUUGACGCGUCGUCGAUGAAUCCAGCAACAUCAGGAAGAUAGAUACUAAAGAAAGUGAUGCCACUGUGAAUACCGCAUGUUAAAAAAAAUAGUGUCAUCGAUAGUACAUAUAAACUUAAUUUCUGAUAACCAAUGUUGUAAGUGCAGUUUAUCCAAAUGUUUUUUUCCUUUGGAAAAUUUUCUUUUGGAAGAAAAAAUGUGAUAGUUCUUGCAAGUUUACGUGCAUUUGGCAAAAGUCAUCUAAGUAUAGCAUUGCACCAGUAGAGAGAAAACUUUCUGUACAGCUUAUCUAUGUUACCAGUGUUCUUUCUUUGGGUGUUAUUUUGCUGGUUGGUCUUUCAGCCUUUUAUAUAGAUGGAAUUUACUCA